AGAAUCGCCUUCUCUUUUAAUGGUACUACACUGGCUUUUCAACUUCAGUACCUGAUGUAUCGUUGUCGGCUAGUGACGUUAACACCUUUGCAGCUCUAAAGCUGCUUUUCAAAUAAAACUAAUAUCGUAUACGUUCUCGGGAUACAAUUAUUCAUCAUCACUUGGAAUAAAAUAAUCACAACAAAAAAUUGUUAACAGAUACAAAAUAAAAAAAAAACAAUUUGUGAGAUACUUUUUUCGAUCAAUGAAUUUUCCAACUUUUAUUUUUGUUGUUAUCACACAUUUUUUUUUUUGACGUAUAAUUAGUUCACUUUUUGUUAUUAUUAUUCUUCGAUUGUCAUUCAUUUGUUUUGUCUUCGUUGUUGUUGGUUGAUUUGAAUUUUCUAUUUUACACACAACCAAAGUCGCGAUCAUCGUAGUCGUUCGACUAAUUAAAAGCAAACCAAUCUAUAAUUAAAAAUAAUAUAAAAUAAAAAAUCGUCUAUUUUCAUCGUCAUAGUCGAUUUUUUGUUGUUGUUGUGUCUGUCUUUUUAUACGUUCUCGUUUUGUCGUCAAUUUUAUGGUGUAUUUGUGAUGUUUUUAUAUGCUUUAGCUAUUUUUACUAAAUAAAAAAUCGAACGGGGCAAAUGUAAAAAAAAAUCUCUAAUAGAUACAUUAUCUAAGUUUUAAAAGAUACAUCAUCUCAGAAGUGAGGAGUAAAAAGAUUACCUACGACGACGCGCGCAAUAAAAGAUUCAUAGAAUUUUUUAUCUUUAAAAUUCCUCCUGUCUCGUCUCUUCUGACAGACAACCGUUCAGACUUGUGGCCAAAACAAAUAAAAAUUUAGCACAAAAGAUACAUUUUUAGUUUGGCAGAAAAAAAGUGAAGUAAGAAAAAACCCAAUAAAAGUUGAAUAAAUCACAGAUAAAUAUCACAACUUUUUUUUGAAGUGAAAGAAAGUGUAAAUUUAUGUUCUUCGUGUUCGUGUAUCCAUCAGAUGCAAAAAGUAUCUUCUAUACCAUGCAAAAGUGGUAGUGGAAAAAAAGACACUGUCGCAACAUUAAAAAGGAUUUUUUGAGAAGUGAAGUUUUAAAUUUCAUUUCACCUGAGGAGAGGAUAUAUUUUUUGUUGUUGUAUUAUUAUCGCAUCGCAUCUUUCUCGCACCUAUCAGUAAUCUCAUCGAAAUAAAAAGAAAAAUACAAAAAAAAAAAAAAUAAUAACAAGGAACGUGGAGCCAAGGAAGGAUACAAAAGGAAAAAAAAAAACCGCAAAAAAACUAAUAAAUAAAGUAGCUCCUUCGGUCCAGCUUUUAUAGCUCUUCUUCACAGCAUAAAGGUUUCGUCCAAUUUGGUUUUAUACUCUUUUUCUUUGGAUUCGUUUCGUUCGAUCCUUGUGUGUUUACGAGUCCAGACAUGGCGCCGAGAACCAGAAAGAAGAAGGCACAUGCCCGUACACUUACCUGUUACUGCGAUGGCAGUUGCCCAGACAAUGUUGUUAAUGGAACCUGUGAAACAAGACCCGGUGGCUCAUGCUUUAGCUCAGUUGAAGAAGUUUACGAUGAAACGACUGCUACUUAUGAAGAAGAAAGAACAUACGGAUGCAUGCCUCCCGAAGAAUAUGGUGGCCUUUUAAUGUGCAAAGUUGCAUCAGUGCCUCAUUUACAUGGAAAAAACAUAGCCUGCUGUGAUAAUGGUGAUUACUGCAAUCGUAAUCUCCAUCCUGCAUUCACACCCAAAACUACCACCCCGCCACCAGAACUACCCAUCACAGUUGUACCUCCAGAACGUUACGUCCUAAUAGGUCUAAUGAUACUCUGCGUAACAAUAUUCACAAUUGUUAUGACAGGCUUAUGUUUGAUUUAUCGUCGCCGCCAGAAGCUCCACAAACAACCCAGACUGAUAAAUUCAAUGUGUGGUGCACAAAUGUCACCGCUCACCCAACUUGUUGAACAAAGUUCAGGCUCAGGGUCAGGAUUGCCAUUGCUUGUCCAGCGUACAAUUGCUAAACAAAUUCAAAUGGUACGUCAAGUUGGCAAAGGACGAUAUGGUGAGGUAUGGCUUGCCAUGUGGCGUGAGGAGAAAGUCGCUGUAAAGACCUUCUUCACCACCGAAGAGGCUUCAUGGUUCCGUGAAACGGAAAUCUAUCAAACAGUUCUGAUGCGUCACGAGAAUAUACUAGGUUUCAUUGCAGCCGAUAUCAAAGGUAACGGCUCAUGGACUCAAAUGCUACUAAUCACUGACUAUCACGAACAAGGUAGUCUGCAUGAUUAUCUCCAGAGGAGUGUUUUGACACCACAAAAGCUACAAAUUCUCGCUUACUCACUGUCAUCUGGGUUGGCACAUUUGCAUGCCGAGAUUUUCGGAACACCUGGCAAACCGGCCAUUGCCCAUCGGGACAUCAAAAGCAAAAAUAUACUCGUCAAACGUAAUGGUCAAUGCGCUAUCGCCGACUUUGGACUUGCCGUCAAAUACAUUUCUGAAUUGGAUGAAAUCCACAUUGCCCAGAAUACUCGUGUGGGUACACGUCGUUAUAUGGCACCCGAAGUACUCGAGGAUACAUUGAAUUCCAAACAAUUUGAAGAAUUCAAACGUGCCGACAUGUACUCGGUUGGAUUGGUAUUGUGGGAAGCCUGUCGUCGUUGUUAUACAACAGUUCAUGGUUCAAAGACGACAAUUUGUGAGGAUUAUGCCUUGCCGUAUCAUGAUGUUGUACCAUCGGAUCCGUCAUUUGAAGAUAUGCAUGCUGUUGUGUGUGUCAAAGGUUUUAGACCACCAAUUCCAGCUAGAUGGCAGGACGAUGAUGUCCUGGCGACGCUUGCUAAAAUUAUGCAAGAAUGCUGGCAUCCGAAUCCAUCGGUGCGACUGACGGCGUUGAGAGUUAAGAAGACACUUAGCAGACUCGAAAUAGACUGCAAUGACUGCCCUAUUAAAAUAGUGUAAAGAUUUUCUAUUUUUCUGUCAAAUCUGUAUAGAGUAAUGAUGAUGUAGGAAGAGAUUGAGAAGAUGUAAGCAACAGCUGUGUACAAAGUCAUGUUUAUUUUUUUUUUUUCUAAUUAGUUUUUUAAGUUAUGUAUCCCUAAGAGAAGAAAUAAGUCAUCUUGUUUUUUUUUUUUAAUAUUAAUUUUAUUUAAAAACUUUAAAUAAGCUUUUGACAAAUGUUAAUUUAUGCACGAAAAUGAACUGAAGAUAAGAUUGAUUAAGAACAAGGAAGGAAAUUUAAUUUAAACAAAAAAAAUGAAGAAGAAAAAUGUUUUUGGUUAACAAUGGCUUUAAAUAUUAAAAUUAAAAUUAUUAACAUGUGUUUACAUUUUGUGGACAUGAAUUUUAAAAAGAGGUUGAUGGCUAAAAUGAGAGAUUUUAGUUUGUAGAAGUUAACUUAGGGUUUUUGUUAUGAAUUUAUUCAGAAAAAUUAAAUUAAACAAUUUCAUUAAAAUAAAGUGAAAUCCAUUUAAUAUUACGAUCCACAUAAUUUUUUUUUAAAUAUUCGUGAAGUAAUAGUUGAAUUUUAGAAUAAUUUUUCACUUAACUCAAUGACUGUGUGGAACUUGUUUUGCAAAAUUUGUUCCACAAUUAUUUUUUGAUAACUGAACCAAAAAUAGAAUGAAAUUAAUAAAGUUCUUGACUAGUGUUUCACAUACUUUAAUAACAAUUAAUUCAAACGAAUUUUCGAAUGCACCCAAUUUCUUCACAGAAGUUAAAAACCAUUCCAAGAUUCUUUCUAGAUAGUUUUAAAAAGAACGUGAACCUGUUCCAUAAAUGACCAUUUGAACUAAGGGACACUUCACUCGAUAUUAAUUUUUCUAUUCAUUGUUUGCUGAAGUUUGUGAUCGGAAGAAAAAUAACAUUUUACUGUUAAAAUCCUUGGGAUUUUGUGGAACGUGUUUAUUUUUCAUUCAAUCAUUGACUAAUUGUACGUGAAAUGUCAUGUUAAUAGGUUCCACAGUCUUUUUAUCUAAAAUUAUUAUGUUCCUCAAUAUUUUCAGUUUCAGACGAAACCCGAAAUUUCUUAAUACCUGUUAGAAACAAGCUAAAUCCCGUUUUAGGAAUUCAAUAAGUCCAAAACUGGUCUAAGUGAAGUGAAGUGAAGAUGGAACUCAUUUUUCUGUGGACUAGUUUAAUAACCAAAUUUUUGGUGGAACAAAACCAAAAGCUGGUUCCACGAUUAAGGUGUUUUGAUUUUCGAAGAUAUUCCGAUAUUCAGUGUGCCAAGUACUAGCUAGUACCAAUUUGGUAGGUUAAGUACUGCAGUGGAAAAAUCACUUAGAACGGAAUUCAGUUGACAGAACUAAAGCUUAAAACUUUUUUGUUAGAAAUAAACUAGUAGAUAUUGUGGGUAUGGUACUCUGUGAAGAAAUUACGAUUACCAUAUUUUCUUGGUAUCAUACAAAACUCCAAGUUAAACUUCUCCAAACCUAAACUCAGAAUAAUCAUCGGUCCUCUUAUUUUAGACAAACUUUGUUUCUUUUUUUUAUAAAUAGAAAUUAAAGAAAGUUCAGUGAGUAUAUAGUACACUUUUUUUUUGUUAUUAGCUUUAAUAACUUUUCCAUGAAUGUAAUCAAAACUAUAAAGCCUAUUUAAGGCUUUUUUUAAAUCUUGGAAAAUUAAAGUAAAUAAAAUAAUAAAAUGUUAAAAAAAAAGAAUACUAAAACUUAUGUAUUUAAAUAUUUAAAUGAAAAGUUAAUGUAUACAAAAAAAAUAAAAAUUAAAAUAAUUCUAUAUUUACUAUAUUCAAAAUGUGCCAGAAUGAAUUUUAGUCUUAAAGAUUAAUUAAAAAAAAUUAAAAAAUAAUUAAUUUAAAAAAAAUUAAUGAAAACCUUUAAAGUUAUAAUGAAAAUAAAGUUUCUAUCUAAUAUUCAGAAAAAAAAUAAUGCCUUAUUUUUGCAAACUCAAAACUAAAAAAAAAAACAACUUAAGUUGCCUUAUUGUCAAAAAGAAGAUAUGCCUACGUUUUGUUUUACAAGACAAACAACAAAUUAAUUAAUUAACAAACUAUUUUUGCAUAAAUUUUGACUGCCGAAAUUAUCUACAAAUUUUUUUAAAAAAGAAAAAGACAACAAGAUAAGCGAUAAAAGGUAUCAUGACCGUUAAUUUUUUUUUGAAAAUUAAA